UCUGUGAUCUGUCACUGGGACGAAAGUGAGGUUAUAGCAAAAUCAAAAUCCUGAUUCUUAGAAAUUAAAUUACAGGAAGAAUUGAGUUGUGGAGCUUAGGAAUGAACCGUGUUAAAUUCAGUACAUUUUAUAAAGUACGACAGUUUUGUAAUAUUAAAACACCAGUACAAAAUUUAGAGAUAAUAAAACAGCUAGUACCAAAGGAUCCUGUAAAAUCUAAGAUACAAUCUGAAAGGCUGCCUGCAACAACUAAAAUCGAUUCUGAUACCAUUGCUCUUAUUGAGAGGCUAUCCCUAGUUGAUUGUGCUAACAAGAAAAGCAUUGAAACUUUGGAAGCUGCUAUUAAAUUUGCUGAUCAGAUUCAGCAAGUUGACACUGAAGGUGUUGAGCCUUUAGUAACCGUUUUAGAAGACUGGCCAUUGCAAUUGAGGGAAGAUAUAGUAACCGAAGGAAAUUGCAAUGAGGAAGUAUUAAGAAACGCAUCUCUUACAGAAGACGAAUACUUUGUAGCUCCACCAGGGAACAUACCUUUAGCAGCAAGAGACGAUUUAUUAUUUGAGAAAGAAAAAAAAUAA